CCGCUAGAGGGCUUGUAACCAAAUGCAGUCUUCAUGUGAUGAAAUGAUAAGUGGUUGUACACGAUAAUUUCGUCGUUUGUUUGUUCAAAACUGUUAACAAUGUGUCGUAUCCAAAGCGUCUAUAUCUUGGCGUUUUUGUACAUUCAAAGUGGAACGUGUCAAGAAUGGAACUGGAUAAAGGGAGACAAUUCCAUUGGAACAUUGUCCUCAUCAAAUGGCCCAGGUGCUCGCAGUGGCAGCAGUGUUUGGACAGAUGAAGAUGGCAUCACAUGGUUGUUUGGAGGCAAGGGUUUCUCUGAUAUUGAUGAGGGCAAGCCAAAACUCCUCAAUGACCUAUGGACCUUCAACAAUCAAGACAGAAGAUGGAAUCUUGUUCAUUCAGGAACUGUUAGUGAAGCUGCUUCUGACAACGUGGCUCCAUCACCACGGCAGCAAGCAGCUGCAUGUGGUUUUACAAAAAUAUCAAUGGUUGUGUUUGGAGGUCUUGAUGAGGAGGACAGUGGGAUUGGAGAUACUUGGGUAUAUAACAUGCAAAAGAGGAAAUGGCUACCAUUACCUGAAAUUUCUAACUUCACUUCGAAAACUGAUAACACUUCUCUGGAAAUGCCAUCUGCACGUGGUGACAUGGCUUCAUGGUGCAUGCUGGACAGGAUGUAUGUGUUUGGAGGAAUGGAUAAAAGUAAUCAGAUUUUCAAUGACCUUUGGAAAUUUUCUCUCAAAGAUUUAGAAUGGUCAGAAGUUAUUCAUCCCAACAAACCAGCAAAUCCAAAUACUGACUCUGAUCAUUACCCUAUGGGUCGAAAUGGACCAACGACAUGGAAAGGCAAGGACGGUAAUCUUUUUAUGUUUGGAGGGAACAUAUUAGGUACUAAUGUACGCAGUCGGCAUUUGAAUAUGGGGUAUACAUCAGAUAUGUGGAGAUACUUAUCUCACAAUAACACAUGGGUCUUUCAACAUGGGUACAGAUCUAGUUGCCAUCCAGCAAUGUAUGGGCGGAAAUAUGAAUUCUCCUCAGUGAACAUCCCAGGGUGUAGACGGCGAGGAGCAGCAUGGAUGGACACAGGUGGGAGGCUGUGGUUGUAUGGUGGUGAUGGAACAGAUAUGUCCUAUCCAUCUGUGUUCCAUUCAUCAAAACUCCUAGCAGAUCUCUGGCUGUUCAGAACAUGGGAUAAGGUAUGGUUCUGGUUUGGAGGAAGUGACAAAGGCGACGCAGAACCGAAGUACUUCUGGAAGAACUAUGCUGGUGGAGAUGCUCUGCCUGGGGGGAGAUAUGAACCUAUUUUCUGGACCGGAGCAGAUAACACCUUCUACCUAUUUGGAGGCCUUGGACACGAUGGACAUAAUCAUGAUGGCUACUUGAAUGACCUUUGGGUGAUGGAUGUGGAUUACCUCCUGGAGCAUAAUGGAGUUCCAGCAGGUGCUCUUAUGCUGUAUCUGCUGAUGGCCCUUGCUCUUGUUCUCACCAUGGCUGGAAUCUUCCUUUAUGCACGAGACAGAAAAGGACCUUCCAUUUGGAGUCGUCUCAAUAAUGAUGUCAAAUACAGCCAGCUAACAACAACAGGAGAUUAGAUAGAAUGUUUAAUUCUAGGUUUUUGGCUAAGAAUUAUAGUAAAUGUGAUACACCUUCAGGUGGAUGAAAACAAUUUGGGCAUGCACCAUGACAUCGGACAUGAGGUCAAGACAUUUAGAUGUGAAACUGCUAUUGUCAUCAAGCUUCAAAACAGAGUUCCAGCUAAUUGAAAUUCAUUAUUUGUAAUGCGAAGGAUAAUAUUUACUAAUGUCUUAGAAUUGACUCUUCCAGAUUUGUAUUUCGGGCAUCCAUGUAAGCAUGUAUGGAUAGAAAUUAACACAACAUAGUUCACCCUAAUGUUAAACUUCAGUGGACAUAGAUUUUGAAGCAUUGACGUCUUCAGUCUGUGAUAUGAGUAAACUUUUAAUAUGAUUAGUUUCCCACAUGGCUUUCUUGAUGAUGGAAUAGUUAUUGUC